AUGACUUUCCGUGACCCUCCUCGCACUAGUCGCCUAUUCCACAUAACCGAUCGUUCAAGUGGUCUACGUUUCCUCGUAGAUACGGGAGCUGAAGUUACCACUCCGUAUAUCUUCAACGCCAAGCCUGAUCGAUAUUCGCCACGCGGGAUGAGCCAACUUGAUUACAUUUCACAGUUCACUACGGACGUUCGGUACACUCCAGGUUCGGACAUUGUCGUCGUAGAUGCCCUAUCCCGUCAUGACAUCAACGAUCUUCGCCCUUCCACACAGCUAGACCUGGCCAAGCUGGCUAACCUUCAAAAUAGUAAACGACAGCCCUUGAACGACAAGAACGAAACCGACCCGGGAAGUUAG